GAUUCAACCAGCUGGAGUCAACAAGCUGCGGCGAUUUACCACUUGGGUUUGUUUUUUGAGCAAAGCUGCAGAUAAAAGCAAGCUAGCAACUGUGAUGGCAUGGAAAAUUGGGUUCAGAACAAGGGCCAUUGACACAUGGUUGUGGGAGCACAUGAAGUUUUCCAAGGGUUUUUCAGAAGUUUCACAUACGGAUUCGUGAUCCAUAUGGUGAGCCUUGUGACUGGAAAAACGUGAUCACCACACGGAGCGAUCGGAUUCGGCGAGUUUACCAAUUUGGGGUGGGGCGGUGGGGGCAGAAAACCAGCAGAUAUCACAUGAAUCGACAAGUACUUGAAGCAAUCGGCAGCGAGCACUGGUGGAGACGAGGGUGGCUCAGGCCUCUAAAACUUGCAACGGGUGGAGGAUUGUCAUGGGAGCUGGUAAUCAAGCAACGCUGAUGGUGCGUGAGAAGAAGAGAUUGCAGCGCCUUUCUGUGUGUGCCAGGUACUUGCGCAAUUCCAUCGCCGAGCUCGGCUAGCGCCAGUUAGUAUACUACAUGAUGGGAUGAGAUCUUGACAGGCAGAGUAGAGUUGAAGAAACCUGGAAGGAAGAUCAUCAUCUCGUGUGUGUAAGAGGCUGGACGUACUGCAGGUCUGGCUGCGCAGCCAAAAUACAAGGCUUACAGCUUCGCUUGUAAGCCCAUGGUGGCAUGGAAAAACCUUCCUACACGAGCUUGCUCAGCUUUGUAUUUCGUCGCAUCCUCUUCGUCGUCGAGUGCGAGAUUCCUUCGCGGUUCUCUCUUUGCCCAUGUCCACGAACAUUGCUGCUUCGGAGGCCUCCAUGGUGUCAGUUAAAGUGCUAUGAGAGUCUUCCUGGUUUCGUUUCUGACGAAUGUGGCGGCCGGUGUGCAGUUACACUAGGAUAGUCUUGGAGUUUGUGGGAGGGUUUUCUAUCGCCUGAGAGUUGUCUCUCAGCCAUCGGCGUUCGUAAUCAGCUGGUCAUCGAGCGAUUGAGCUGUGGAGUUCCGAUUGUGAUUUCAUUUUUUCAGUUACUGGGCAUCGUCAAUCAUCGUUUAAAGUGCGUUACAGAGUCGCUUUGAGGUCUCACGGGUGACUGCACAGCUGUUCUUUUCGAUUGCGUCUUUUUUAAUUUGGUCGCGUACUAAGUUGUGCUCGACGAUUGAUUGCUUUCUUGAAAUAAAUUCAAGUAAUUACUACUGAGAAUUUAAGCUUCUUCUUGUGGUUAAGGCCGGUACUCUUGUAAUCUGCACACCGAGGAUGCUCAGUUCACCCAAAAAACAUGUUAUCAGAUAACCGUAAGCCGUUUUGUCUCGUACUUAGGAAGGUUUUCAGCGUGCUCUUGUUGCGUUUGAAAUAGGACUUGGAUUCAAAAGGAGUUGAAGUAGGUGUAAUAGAAACUCUUAGAUAUGAGAAUUAAGAACUCCUUCACCAGCUCCUGGAGUCGGACCCGAAAAACAGCAACCAGUGUCUAAAGAACUAGGUGUUUACAGGUUCUUCAAUCUAUUCCCCUAGGCGCCAUUCGUGAGGAAAUCCACUUGAAUGUUAUGGCGAAUCAGCUUCAGGAGUUCACGCGGGUUUGAAGAAGCCUGGCAUCGAGAGUAAUAGACGGGAGCCGCUGUGUCGAAGAACUUUUCGGAGCUUUACAGCGAGAAUGGAUGGAGAUGAACCGGAACUUUAUCACGUGCUGCAGAAACUUGAGGUGAAGCAUUCCGUUGUCAGGUAGAAGUCGAUCCUCGCCCAACCCACUCCCUCCAAACUAGAAUUCCUUCGCUAAGAGGGAUUCAUAUCAGUCUAGAUUCAAGAAGGUUACAAAACCCAAAGGUGGGAGGAUCACAACACGAAACUGAAGGCGAAUAAACAUUUAUUUCACUAAAAACAGAAAAGCACAAAGAGCACCAGGGAUCAAUGGCCAAGAAGGUGGGUCUCAACGGAUGGCUGCAGAGAGUAAGAGAGACCGGAGAGCACAGUGAUGUGGUUGUGAGAGUUACUGGCGAAGAAUUUCGGCUGCAUAUGCUGCCCUUAAGAAAUGAGAGCGGCUAUUUUCGUGAUCUACCGAGCUCGUCGAAUGGGAUCGAGCAGGUUGACGAGAAGACUGGAUGCAAGCUUGUUAAUAUUCACCAUCUUCCCGGUGGAGUAGAAGGUUUCGCCAUAGCUGUCAAUAUGUGUUAUCUUAUAAAACCCAGUUUCACGGUGAAGAACGUGGCCCUCGUGUGCGCGGCAGCCGAGUUUCUAGCAAUGGAAGACGUGACAGAAAGCGCGAGAAAAUUCAUGCACUCAAACAUCUUCUCGCACUGGCGGUACUGUGUGAAUUACUUGCAGAACUACACCCGCAUUGGAUCUCCCGUAGACGAAUACGUGGAAUUUCGCUGCCAAAAGGUGCUCGCCACCGCAUGUGUGAAGUGCUUCACCGAGAUUAAGCAUGUCUCCGCCCCUUCGGCGUACAUCUCUGGGCCUCUCACCGCAGUCCCCCCCAAACAAUCCUCCUCCGCAUGCCAAACCUUAACGGAACUCCUAGUCCAAGUUUGCUCGUUACCUGACAUUUACGCAGCGGAGAUCAUCAACACCUUGGUAGACUCCGACGUAAACUUGAAUCUGAAAUGUCGGCAAGGGCGCAAUGUACGCAGAUGGUUGGAAAGUGUUAUCGAUGAUGAGUGCCAGAGCGACAAAGCUCGAUGCUACGUUCUCUUAUGCUUAUCAAGGAUGCUGCUAAAGAAUGCGCCAACGAAGCGACCAUGGAUGGAGCUGUCUUCGCAAUACUGGUGCAGCUUGCUGGAACACGCAGACCAAUUGUUGCCGCUGUUGGGUGAUCCUCUCAAGACUGAAUAUUCUAUCGGAGGUUCACAUCUGGAAGUCUACAGAAACCAUUCCUAUUUCAAGGAAAGGCUAAUAGGCGUCAAGGCAAUGCUAGAAGAAAAGAUUGGCGAGAGCUUGAACGAGAUGGACGAGUACCUUCGAGACUACAAGUUCGGGCCCGACACUCUAAUGUCCUUGGUGGAGUACUAUAUCAGCAUGGGCGAGUACACAGAGCAAUCGCUGGAAGAGAUCGCUGGCGACGUAGACCGUUUCUUGUGGUUCUACGCAAACGAGUGCUCCAUCUCCGUCGAUGCAUUUAUCAGCCUCGUCAAGGCCUUUCCACCGUCUGCACGAGACUGCCACGACACUAUCUAUGGCGCCAUUGAGAAACUGAUUUCCACCGCACCGAACUGUUCUGCCGAAGAGCAACAGCAGCUGUGGAGCCUCAUUGAUCACUUCAAGCUUAGCCCAUCCGUAAACGAGAGAGCCCUCAACAAUCCUGUGUUCUUGAGCCAACCCGAAAUUCUCGAGAGCGUACUUCUACACCAUAGCCAGGAACUUGCCAAAGUUGACGACACCGAUGGCCGACACCUCCGGCACAUCAUGCAAAAAGUCAUCAACGCAAGCUUGAAACUGCUUGAAGAAAACUCGCGACGCUCCCGAGAGAUUCUCGAGCUCCAGAGACAAUACGGGGAGCUCCUCGGCUGCCGAUCCCAAAUGCUCAACCCCGAGGGGAUCGUCGAUUUGCUGGGCAAACAACAUCAUUCCAACUUGAGCCAAAAUUCUAGUCUCCAGCGUGAAAGUGAAACAGAGGAAUCCGAAAUCUCGGACAGUCCAUCGCUGGCUACUGUGAGCUCCACAGGUGCCACCUCCAACCGAUCAUCCUCUCACAUGGCGAUGUUACCCAGGCGAAAUGUAGAACCCCCUUAUCCUUAUCAGACAAUCUCUUGAAAAACUUCAAAACUUCAAAUCCUAACAGCAACUACGCAUAAUUUGUACAUACCACUUGAUGGAACCGCGUCAUAGUUUCAAAAGAUCUGCAAGAAAACUUGUGUGUCUCUUCCGACAUUUUCAGAAGUAGCGAAUGGAAGUUAUUGAAUUUCAAAAACAGUAAAAUUCGUGGUAAGAUAAUUUGGUCUCAUGAGGUGAAGAAUCAAUCAAAUUAGAGUAUGUGGAUGGGUUGAUUCCUCACGAAGUUUUGGUGUACCUGUGUGGAGCUGGCAGUCUUAGGAUCCGGCAGGCGUCGGCUGGCAGAAAUGUUCCGGGAUGACAUGGCUGAUUGCUCAAGUGCAUCGUGUUGAAGAGCAAUGAAGUUCGGGACUAUGAGCGUCGACCCGUCGUUGCGAAACUCAUGUUACUCGUGAGAACAAGGCGCUGCAGGCUUUGAUGAAUGUUGCAGGAUGGAUCCAAACUUGUGAUUGGGGGCAGCUCAUCCAGAAACCUGCAAAGGUUUUGAAAUCCUUGCGGAAUUCUUACGCACCCUCCGCUGAAGACAACCUAAUCCAACAUGAAACCAAGGUAUGAGUUACAUUAGUUUGCACGUGAUUACUCAAAAUCCCGAGUGGGCGAUCUCAGGGAUCAUCUCGUGAAUAAUUUUGAAGGACAUUCGAAGGAUUACAAGGAGCCACUGCAGUGUAACCCAAAAUUAUUCCCGAGGGUUACAACCUUUUUUUUUUUUUUUUUUUUUUUUUUUUUAACCAGUGGGUCUUCGCAGCAACAUCAUCAAAAUACAACGUCGAGUUCUUUUAGAGGGAGACUUAGGGACUGUCUACACACGGCAAACUUCCACAUGAACUGCACCAUCAGUUCAUCUAUUGCAUUUGUGAUUGAAUUCCAGCAGGCACACAACUUUAUCGUUUGCUGAAAGUUACCGAGGUCCUUAGUAAAGUCUGCAAGUAUGCUUCACUAUGGCUAAUGGAGUUCACUGUGAAGCAGAGUUACAUGCAAGGAACUCUCGCAAACUCAGAUUCUUCACGAUAUUCAAUCAUACACAAGUGUGGUGCUGCAGCUUGUUUAUAAAGAGCUCCAGAAUUCUUGAGAAA